CACUCUCGGCAAUAAGCGAGUCGCUCAGUUUGCUUUGCUGGUUCGCAGUGAAAGGCUCGCAGACAGUCGGGCGCUGACUCCCACUGGAAGCCGAGCACUGAUGGAUUUAAGCUAUAGUAAAAAAAAGCACACAAUGCGAUCUGCCUAUCAGCCGGGAAGCCGUCUCUAGGCUCCAGACCUGCAGCACAUCACGGAGUUUCGAAAUCCCAUUCUGACAUUCAUCUGAGAGGAACUCACUGUGGCUUCACGUUGAGGAGACCGGGUGACCAGCAUGUGGCUGUAGGGAUGAGCAGACUGGGCUGACUGUGGCUGUGUGGAGCGGCUGGCAGGUUGCUGCUGGUUUCUGUGAUGCUAAUCUGGGGCAAUGUGAGCUGUCUGUCUGUCUGUCUGUCUGUCUGUGUCUGUGUGUCUGGGGACCCGGGAUCGCCUAUACCUGAUUGAGGUGAUGGACUGGCAGUGCUGACAUCCACACUGGAGCUUUGAUCAUUGCUAUUAUUUUUUUUGGAAGGGAUUUUGGUUCAUCGAUCGGCAAUGAUGAUGGUGUUUCACCCUAUUAGCUAUCUGGCAAACUCCUAUCGUUGCUCAAUCGUCUGCUUGGUUUCAGUGUUUGUUGCUUCUCAAGUUUCCGUCUCUGCGUCGCUUCUGACAGGAUCUGUGGCGAGCUGUGAAACCGAAGGAGAGGUGAUAGAAAUCCCCUUCAUUACAGACAACCCUUGCAUCUCCUGCGUGUGCUUGAACAAAGAAGUAACAUGUACCAGAGAGAAAUGCCCUGCUGUGCUGAAAGACUGUGCACUGCUGAUUAAACAGAGAGGAGGUUGCUGUGAGAGAUGCAAAGAGUGUAAGAUUGAUGGAAAGUUAUACAACAGCUCCAUGAAAUGGCUGGUGUCUUCCAAUUCCUGUGUCAGACGUGCAUGUCAGGAAGGUGUUGUCACAGAAUCCGAUGUUCUGUGUGUGGUUCACUGUAAAAAUCCCAUUGUUCAACAGGGGAGCUGCUGCCCAGUAUGUCCAGGGUGUGUGUUCGGUGGCAGGCACUACAAAGAAGGGGACGAGUUCCACCCUGAUGGAAAUCGAUGUAUUAAAUGUUCCUGCACUGAAAGCAGAUUACAAUGUGUCCGGGAACUGUGCCCAAUCCUCUCCUGCCCUCAGCAUCUUAGCCAAGUGCCUCCUGGAAAAUGCUGCCCCCAGUGCUUGGGCCAGCGAAGGGUGUUUGACCUGCCUCUGGGAAGCUGUUUGUUUCACAGUGAAGUUUAUGAAAAUGGAGCUCUGUUCCAAUUUGAUAACUGCACUAAGUGUAUCUGUAAGGAUUCCACAGUGGUGUGCAGGAAGGAGUGUUUGCAGGUUGGGAGCUGCAAGUAUAAUGAUCUCUGCUGCGAGGAGUGUGUUUCAUACAUCCCCAUUGAAGAAAUCAAAUAUUGUCGGGCCGGUAACAAACUGUACAGGGAUGGGGAAAUGUGGUCGUCGAUUAAUUGCACCUUGUGCGCCUGUAGAAAGGGAAAAAGAGUGUGUCGCAAGAAGGAGUGUUCCCCAAUAAAGACUUGCCCUUCGGGCAAGAUCAUUAACAGAAAUGGAUGUUGUCCAAUUUGCACUGAAAAGCCAGGCGUUUGCACUGUCUUCGGCGACCCUCAUUACAACACGUUUGAUGGCCGGGCGUUUAACUUUCAGGGCACGUGCCAGUACGUUUUAACCAAGGACUGCUCUGCCGCUGCCACUUUCCAAGUGCUGGUGCAGAACGAUGCCCGCCGAACAUACUCUUACUCUUGGACGAAAACCAUCGAGCUGGUGACCAGUGGCACCACUAUCAGCCUCAUGCAGCAUCUGACUGUGAAGAAGAACGGGGCUAAGAUCUCUCUGCCUUACCACAACCAACACUUCACCAUCAGCCUGGAGGGCUAUUUAAUGAAAGUAACUACAAAAGCAGGUAUUGCAAUCUCUUGGGAUGGAGACAGCUUUGUGGAAGUCACUGCUGCUCCUCAGCUGAAGGGAAAACUUUGUGGCUUGUGUGGGAAUUACAAUGGGCACAAGCGGGACGACCUCAUCGGUGGCGAUGGAAACUUCAAGUUUGACAUCGACCAGUUUGCCGAGUCUUGGCGGGUUCAAAAUAACCAAGUCUGCAACCGACCCGAGAGGAAGCCGAGGCCACAGCUUUGCUCGGGCAUGGUGAAGGUUAAACUCCGCGCUCACCGGGAGUGCCAGAAACUCAAGUCCUGGGCAUUUCAGAACUGCCACACCACAGUAGAUUAUGCACUGUUCUACAGGUCCUGUGUCACGGAUAUGUGUGAGUGUCCCAUACACAAGAACUGUUACUGUGAGUCAUUGAUGGCUUAUUCUCGAGCCUGCCAGAGAGACGGUAUCCAAGUCCGCUGGAAGCCAGAGCAGAACUGUUUUGCUACUCAGUGCAAACAUGGAGCUGUCUAUGAUACCUGUGGUCCCGGCUGCACCAAGACCUGUGAGAACUGGAAUGAUAUUGGUCCUUGCAGUAAGCCAUGUGUUGCAGGAUGCCAUUGCCCAGCCAGCUUGGUUCUUCACAAAGGAAGGUGUAUAAAGCCUGCCCUUUGUCCUCGUCGAUAACUCAGGACUCCAGAACUUGUGACCAAUAUCGAUGGUUAGGAAACAGCUUUGCAUCACCCUCCAUUCAAGGACUUGUAUGUAUCCAUAUCUACGUCAAGUUUACAAAGGAAAAGAGGACUGUAUAUAUAUUUUCAUUAUGAGGCAAUUGCCAGUUUACUGGUAGAGAAAAUAUGUAAACUACUUGCUGAGUGUAUAAACAGACUAAAUCUUUAAAUUAAUAUAAAGAAAAAUGGACUAAAAUAAGUCAAACAAAAUCCUUUAUUUUGCUUUUCUGCAGCAUUUGAGAGAAAAGAAUCUUUCUGAAAGUUUAAAAAGGCAAGGGACUUGGCAUUGUGACUGCAUGAUCGGACAAGUUGGCAAAUAUCUGCCUUGGAGCUGAUUCUGAAAUGAGUGUUUAGUGCCUCGUGGCUGUUUUGAGUCAGGGUGCACGUGAACACUUCAAAGACAGACAAUUCUUAUUCUGUUGUAGGAUUAGCAGUGCAAAUAGUGUAUAAGGAGCCAUUGCCACAAUCAUCAGGGAUGUCCAAAAACCUUGGCAGU